AUGUCGAAGAAAGGGGUUUUGAAACGAUUAAACGAUGUUAUAUGGAAUGAACGAAUCAAUACAAGCGAGUUUGAAAUAGAAUGGCAAGGGAUAAUGGAUGAGUAUGAGUUAAAUGACAACAAAUGGUUUAAAGAUAUGUUUUCAAUUCGAGAUAAAUGGAUUCCUGCCUAUUUCAAGGAUUGCCACUUGUUAGGGUUAAUGGGAAAGACAUCAAGAUGUAAAGGUGAAAAUUAUUUCUAUGGGUUGAUGACAAAUACAAAAUUUCAUUUAAUUGAGUAUCACGAUCAUUUUGAAACGACAAAGGAGGCACAACGUUGUCUUCAACGUAAAAACAAUCAUGACCCCCGCUACACGAAUCCUGAUACUAAAACUAAAUUGUUGAUUGAAGACGAGGUAUCUGAAGCAUUUACACGAACUGUGUUCUUUGAAAUCCAAAAGGAGAUAAUAGCAUCCAGGCUUACAUGUUACUCAAUUAAAGUCGAAGAAUAUGAUGGAAUUAACAAAUUCAACAUCAAGGAUAACGACAAAGACGUUAAACAUUUUGGUGAUUUUGAGGUUUCAUUCAUGAAAUCUGAUUGCACUGUUACUUGCUCUUGUUUACGCUUUAAAUUAACUGGGUGCCUAUGUAGACAUUGCUUUUAUGUAUUAAGGAUGUCAAGAGUGGAACAUUUCCCUAGAAAAUAUAUUUCAAGAAGGUGGACAAAGGAUGUGGUAUCGAGAUCAUCAAAUGCUUAUAAGAUGUGUCAGUCUCCUAAAAAUGAUGCAAAUGAGGACUUUAAAUCAAUGAUCCGGGACAUAUACUAUUUGGUUGACUAUUGUGUUGAUCGGCUAGUUUCUGAUAUGGAAAAGUUGAAGUUGUAUCGAGAGAAACUAAGGGAGAUGAUUCAAGAUGUUGAUGAAGAUACAAGAAAUUUACAGCCCAUGACGAACACAUGA